AUGAAAUUUCAGCCACUUAGCUCCCGGGAGCCGGCGACCCUGACCGCCAUGGCGUGGCUCGCGAACUUCGUCUGGGCGAUCGGCUUCAUCUGCGCCAACCGAGUCCUGUUCCUCGACGAGGUCGACAAUCCCACGGGAUUCUCCAACUUCGGGCGACAGGUCGACGACUCCUACGACUUCAUUAUCGAAAUCGGGAAGAGUGCGAAGCCUUACUCGGAAAUCGCCUUGAGGAAUUCUCCUUCCGACCGGUUUGGUCACGCCGACGUGAGUGAACGCGUUGGGACGUUCUCGGUGAUGAAGCCGUUCGGUCACGGUCGUGCUGAUGGACUUGCUGGUCCCUUGUCCAGACCGGAAGCUUGGCGGUUAUUUUAUGAUGGGGAUGAUCGAAGGCUUUUUCACUGGGAUUCUUGUCCUAAGCAAGAUGACACCAAACGCGGCCGAUCCCUGGGAGGAGGGACGACAGGAAGCGUGAUUGCAAGUCGGUUGACGGAGAACCCUCGCGUGAAGGUCCUGUUACUCGAGGCUGGGACGGAUGGAACCCUGCUCUCGUGGAUCCCUGCUGCUGCAAUUUUGAUGUGGUGGUACACCAAGUUCGACUACCGCUACACCAGCGAACCUCAGGGGGAUUCCUGCCUCGCUUUCGAAGGAGGGGUGAGUCAUGUUUCACCUCGCCUGCUUGCUCGGGUGACGUUCACUUGUGACGUGACGUGA